AUGGAAGAGGGGUUCGGGCGACUGCUGCCGGCCGAGGCCGCCUGGCUCGAGGGCGUGGAGGCCGGCACCGGACUCGACGGCCUGGACGGCGAAACCGACCGGCGCAUUCGCGUUCGGCUGAUCGCCGCGCUGUGCCGCGAUCAGGCGCUCGCCGCCCGCGUCGGGCCCGGCGGCAUCAACCUGCAAGAAAUCGAUCUUGUCGAGGGCCACCUGGACCUCAGCGACCUCACCCUGGCCUGGCCGCUGCGGCUGCAGCACUGCCGUAUCCGUCUGGACGGCGCGCAAGCCGGUGACCUGCUGCUCAAACACCUGCGCGCGCCGCGGAUCGACAUCUCCCACCUUGCCUGCCGCCACGCGAGCCUCGUGGGCGCCCGGCUGGGCGGCGACCUGAUCGCCGUCGGCGCCACCUUCGAUCGGGGGCUGCACCUCUGCGACGCCCGGAUCGAGGGCGACCUCGACCUGCGCCGGAGCCGCAUCGGGCCGAUCGCCCCGAAGAUCGGGGAGGAGCACGACGAGAGCAACGGCGAGCGCAGCCAUGACUACACCAGCCGCGACCGCGCCAUCAUGGCCGACCGCGUGCAGGUCUUCGGCCGGGCGAUCCUGAACGCGGCCGAGGUGACCGGCGGCAUCUACCUGCGCAACGCCCGGAUCGCCGGCGUCGGCCUGCUCAAGCAGUUGACGCUGGUCGCGCCGAGGGGACCGGCGGCGAGCUGGGAAGGCUCGCGCUGGGAGGCCGGGCUGCACCUGGAAAGCAGCAAGAUUCGCGGCGGCGUGGACCUCUCGGAUGCCACCGUCAGCUCCAACCUGUCCUUGAUGGCCUCGCUGCAGCCGCCCGAAGCCGAGGCCGCGGGAGACAUCUCCUUCACCGCGCUCGGCCUGGAGGUCGACGGGGAUCUCUACGGCGAAGGGCUGCGCAGCGCGGCGCCGCUGAAGCUGCUGGGCGCCCGGAUCACCGGCGACCUGCAUCUGAUGGACAGCCACAUCGGCAGCGGCCAGGCCAAGACCCCGAACGAUCAGCCCACGGCGCUCGACUUCACCGGCGCCUUCAUCGGCGGGACCCUCAGCCUGGACGGCGCCAUGCGGGUCGAGGGAGCGACGUCGCUGCAGACCGCCCGGAUCGGAGGCCGGCUGCUGGUCGAGGGGCACUACGCCGCCGAGCGACUGGCGCUGAUCGCCGACGGCCUGUCGGUCAAGGGCUUCGCCCGCUUCGGCGAGGCGCAGAUCCACGACGGCGCGGACGAGGAGGCGCCGCGCCCGGACGCCGAGGAGGAGGUAAAGGACGGGGCACAGGAAGAAGCCGAAAAGGCGCGCGCCAAGGGCCCGGCCGCGCCGGCCUGGACGCCGAAGCUGAGCGUGCGCGGCGGGCUGAAGCUGGAGAACGCGCGCAUCGGCGGCCUGCUGUCCUUCGCGGACUUCCGGCUCGAGCCGGGCACGAAGCCGGGCUUUCGCGUCGGCGCCGCCGGGCGCGCCAGCGACUUCGUCGUGCUCAGCCUGAAGGGCGCGGAGAUCGGCAGCGACCUCUACUUCCGCGGCCCGGCCCGGGUGGAGGGCACGAUCUGGCUGCUGGGCACCCGGAUCGAGCAGGACCUGGAAAUCUCCGGCCUGCUGCUGCAACGCUCGCCGCUGGCCGAGGAGACCGACAAGCACCACCACGUGGUCUUCAACGCCAGCCGGGCCGAGGUGAAGGGCGAGUUCCGCUGGUUCCGUGGCCGCCUGCCACACGGUUUCGAGGACAGCUUCUGGUGCACGCAAGGCGCCGUGCGGCUGUCGCGCAUGACGACGGCGCGCCUGCGCGACGACUUCCAGACCUGGCCGGUCGAGCCCUACCCGAUCCACCUCGACGGCUUCGCCUACGGCACGAUCCACACCGACCGGAACGCGCGGGCCCGGGAGAGGCUGGGCUGGCGCGCGCGCUGGGCCGUGGUCUGGUCGCUGUGGCGUGGCCGGAGGCCACCGGCCGUCAAGGUGGGGCGGCAGCGCCGCGCCCUGGCGGCGGAGGAGUGGCCGCGGCUGCACCGGCAGGCCAAGCACCGCUACCGCCUGCCCGGCCUGCGCAGCCUGGUCAACGGCCUGAAGUACGGCUUCGGCGUGGGGACGAUCAGCCUGCUGCCGCAGUCGCGCCUGCUCUGGCUGGAGCGGCAGUUCCGCACCGGCCACGGCCGCCGGCGGGAUCUGGAUCGCGGCACCGACCGGCUGAAUUUCCAGCCCUUCGACCAGCUCGAGCGCGUGUUCCGCCGCAUGGGCCUGGAGAACGACGCCCGCACCGUGGCGAUCCGCAAGCAGGUGCGCAUCACCCGGAUGUACCGCGACCGCCCGGUCGCUAGGUGGUGGCGCUUCUUCGCCGGCGUCACCGUGCGCUACGGGUACCAGCCCUUUCGCGCCGUGCUGCUUCUGAUCCUGCUGCUGGCCGGCAGCACCGCGGUGUUCAACGACGCCUAUCACAACGACGCGGUCUACCCGACCCUGGCGAAGUUCCAGAUGCACACCCGCGACGACGGCCCGCCCGGCCUGGCCGACACGCUGCUGUGGUCGGGUGCCCAGUCGGUGGCCGACCCGGCCAUGCUGAGCGGCAAGGUGAUGCCGCCGACCUAUCCGCGCUUCGACCCGCUGGUCUUCGCGGUCGACACGGUGAUCUCCCCGAUCAGCCUGGGGCAGCAGGACUUCUGGUACCUGCGCAGCGACGAGGUGGGGGUGUACGAGGCCUGCGCCUUCUGGUCGCUCGAUUGCACCAGCGUCUACCGCGCCUAUUUCUAUCUGCACGUUCUGCUGGGUCACCUCCUGGUGAUCCUGAUCGCCCUGUCGCCCACCUCGCUCCUGCGGCUGGACUGA